CAAAUUUGGUUGCUUAGGUUAUUGAGGUAUGACUGCAUUUGAAUAUAAACUUGGAAAUGAAAAACAUAGUUGCUGACACCUUAUCCAGAUUAUUUUUUCUACCAUGGUUAAAAUCUAAUAACCACUUUUAAGAGAAAGUAAGGCUAGCAAUUAAGUUAGAUCCAUACUGGGGGAACAACUUUCAUUAUGUUUCUUUAAUUAGCUUAUAAAAAAAUUUACAAGGUAAUAAAAUAAACUUAUUUACCCAAAUACAUGUAUUUAAACUUAUAAACUAGCUAAUCAAUGGCUAGUUAAUUCAAUUGGCACAUGCUUGAUUGACAGAGCUGUAAAGGACACAAGUGUUAGAAAAAAACAAAAUUGAAACUAGCUAAGUCUCAAAUGGGAUGGCAAAGACAGCAUGUGCUACUGAAAACAUGCAGUUUUGACCGUGCAUCUCAUGAUAAUGAAUUUGUAUCAUGUAAAUUUUGUUUGUACUAAUAACAAGUACACGAGAAACAGAUGACCUCUAAGAAUAUAACAAAUGAAAACUGACUUCAAAACAGAACAAGAGAAAAACAAGGAGGAAAUAACCAGAUGAGAUGAAACAAAGUAUGGGUGAAAUUUGGGGUCUAAUUGGCUCUAAACUUGCAAGCAUAUUGUUUAUGUGGGCUAUGAUCCAAAGGUAUCUUCCUAAUCAGUUUCAUGCCCUCAUAGACAGAUUUUUUUCAAAGAAACUAGCCAACUUGUUCAACCCAUAUGUUGAGGUGAGGUUCUUUGAGUACACUGGUGAUUACAUGAGACGCAAUGAAGCCUUCUCUGCCAUUGAGCACUACUUGGCUUCAAAAUCCUCCAACCAGUCAAGGAAGCUCAAAGGUGAAUUUGUCAAGCAAUCUCUGGUGCUCAAGAUGGAUGAACAACAAGAAGUCAAUGAUGAGUUUCAAGGAAUAAAGCUUGUAUGGAGUCUCAAGAAGAUAGUCCCCAAGACUACUUCUGUAUCAUUCAUUCCAGCUGAUGAAAAAAGUUACUACCUUCUUACGUUUCACGGCAGACACCGCGGUUUAGCUACCGGAUCUUACCUGAACCAUGUAUUGGGUGAAGGUAAGGCCAUUGGACUCAGUAAGCGGCAGAGAAAGCUUUACACCAAUUGUGUGGGGGACGGUGAUUAUGAAAAGAGUAGAAAGUGGAGCCAUGUGAUUUUUGAGCAUCCAGCAUCCUUUGAAACAAUUGCAAUGGAUCCGGAGAAGAAGAAAGAGAUCAUUGAUGACCUUACUACAUUCCGCGAGGCGAAAGAGUAUUAUGCUAGGAUUGGAAAGCCUUGGAAGAGAGGCUAUCUGCUUUAUGGUCCUCCAGGGACUGGAAAAUCAACAUUAGUUGCUGCUAUUGCUAAUUUCAUGAGGUAUGAUAUAUAUGACAUUGAGCUAACUAAUGUGAAAACCAAUGCAGAGCUGAGGAAACUUUUAAUUGGAAUCACAUCCAAGUCGGUUGUUGUGAUUGAGGAUAUAGAUUGCUCACUUGAUCUCACAGGUCAGAGGGAGACAAAUUCUGAGAAUGGCAAAGGUAAAAAGGAGAAGAAUGCAGUUACUUCUCUGAAGGAACAAGCUGCAAGUACAGCAGAUAAGAAUAAAAGCAGCAAGGUCACACUUUCAGGACUGCUGAAUUUCAUUGAUGGGAUUUGGUCAGCUAGUACUGGAGAGAGACUGAUCAUAUUUACCACUAAUUAUGUGGGGAAACUUGACGAGGCUCUCAUUCGUAGAGGAAGAAUGGACAUGCAUAUUGAACUUUCCUACUGUGGAUUUGAGGGAUUCAAAGUGCUGGCAAAGAAUUAUCUAAAUCUGGAGUCUCACCCCUCAUUUGGCACCAUUUGCUACUUGUUGGAGGAGAAGAACAUGACCCCUGCAGAUGUUGCGGAAAACUUGAUGCCUAAGGUAGCUAAUGAAAACAUUGAGACUUCUCUGGAGAGAUUGAUCCAAGCCCUUAGAAGUUCCAAGGAAGCGGCACGAGCAAAAGCUGAGAAAGAACAAGGGAACACAGCAACAGAAGAGUCAAAUGAAGAGGAAUCAUCAGAGGAGGAGAAUGCAGAAGAUGUUAAACAGUAGGAGCUUCUGGAAAACACUGAUAAUGCUUAGUAUAUGCAUCAAAUUGUUGUUUGUUGUUGGUUAUUACUAUAUAUUUACUCCUAGACUUACUAAUAUAUUUAUAUAUCAGUAGGAAUAUCUCUAUGCAUUAUUGUAGCUAUAUAAGUGGGCUUACCUUAAACAUUGUUGUACUGAAUUACAGACUCAGAGCAUCUAUUUGUAUUAUUAUAGUUAAUUAGUUAUGAACAAUGUUAUGCUGAAAUACAGACUCAUCCUUUGUG